AAAACAUGUAAGGUAGGAGGGAAGGAAGGAAGAAGGCCGACUUGUACACAUUCACACUUCACUUCGGUAAGCACCAGGACUUGAUUUAACUGAGGAGAACAGAGGCUUGGGAUCCAAAAUGACAGACUCCAAGUAUUUCACCACUACCAAGAAAGGGGAGAUCUUUGAGCUGAAGGCAGAGCUGAACAGUGAUAAGAAGGAGAAGAAAAAAGAGGCUGUGAAGAAAGUCAUUGCUUCUAUGACAGUGGGAAAAGAUGUCAGCGCUUUGUUUCCUGAUGUUGUGAACUGCAUGCAGACGGAUAAUUUGGAGCUGAAGAAACUGGUCUAUCUGUACUUAAUGAAUUAUGCCAAGAGCCAGCCAGACAUGGCUAUAAUGGCAGUUAAUACCUUUGUAAAGGACUGCGAGGACCCAAACCCUCUGAUCCGUGCGCUGGCUGUGCGCACCAUGGGCUGCAUCCGAGUGGACAAGAUCACAGAGUACCUGUGUGAACCCCUGAGGAAGUGUCUGAAGGAUGAAGACCCCUAUGUCAGGAAGACCGCUGCUGUUUGUGUGGCCAAGCUUCAUGAUAUCAACGCCCAGCUGGUAGAAGACCAAGGCUUCCUUGACACCCUGAAGGACCUGAUCUCUGAUUCCAAUCCAAUGGUUGUAGCAAACGCAGUUGCUGCUCUGUCUGAGAUCGCAGAGUCUCAUCCUAACAGCAACCUUCUGGACCUGAAUCCUCAGACCAUUAACAAGCUUCUGACAGCUCUUAAUGAAUGCACAGAGUGGGGUCAGAUCUUCAUCCUCGACUGCCUGGCCAACUACACACCCCGUGAUGACAGAGAGUCACAGAGUAUCUGCGAGCGUGUAACGCCAAGACUGUCCCACGCUAACUCUGCCGUAGUGCUGUCCGCCGUGAAGGUUCUGAUGAAGUUUAUGGAGAUGCUUCCUAAGGAUCUAGACUAUUACGGCACACUCUUGAAGAAACUUGCUCCUCCUUUAGUCACACUGCUCUCAGCUGAGCCUGAACUGCAGUAUGUUGCCCUCAGGAACAUUAACCUUAUCGUACAGAAACGGCCUGAAAUCCUGAAGCAUGAGAUGAAGGUUUUCUUUGUGAAAUACAAUGACCCGAUCUAUGUCAAACUGGAGAAGCUGGACAUCAUGAUCCGUCUGGCGUCUCAGGCCAACAUCGCUCAGGUGCUGGCUGAGCUGAAGGAAUACGCCACAGAGGUGGAUGUAGACUUUGUGCGUAAGGCUGUUCGAGCCAUCGGCCGUUGCGCUAUUAAAGUCGAGCAAUCAGCAGAGCGUUGUGUCAGCACUCUGCUUGACCUCAUUCAGACCAAGGUUAAUUAUGUGGUGCAGGAAGCUAUUGUGGUCAUCAAGGACAUCUUCCGCAAGUACCCCAACAAGUAUGAAAGUGUGAUUGCCACCCUGUGUGAGAACCUGGACUCUUUGGAUGAGCCUGAGGCACGGGCGGCCAUGAUCUGGAUUGUGGGAGAGUACGCAGAGAGGAUUGACAAUGCUGAUGAAUUGCUGGAAAGCUUCCUGGAAGGUUUUCAUGAUGAGAGCACACAGGUGCAGCUGCAGUUGCUGACAGCCAUUGUAAAGCUGUUCCUGAAGAAGCCCACUGAGACCCAGGAGCUGGUGCAACAAGUGUUGAGUCUUGCCACGCAGGAUUCUGAUAACCCUGACCUGCGUGAUCGCGGCUACAUCUACUGGCGUCUGCUCUCCACAGAUCCCGUGGCGGCUAAGGAGGUGGUAUUGGCCGAGAAGCCUCUGAUCUCGGAGGAGACUGACCUGAUUGAGCCCACCCUCCUAGAGGAGCUCAUCUGCCAUAUCGGUACACUGGCUUCUGUCUACCACAAACCCCCCAGCGCCUUUGUGGAGGGCAGCCGCGGCGUUCAGCACAAGAGACUUCAUGCUCGUGCUGGCUCUGGUGAGAGUGCUGAGAACUCUGAUGUUGGCCAGACCGGACCUUCUGAAGCACCACCCGCUGUCAUUCCAUCACAAGGUGAUCUCCUAGGCGACCUGCUGAACCUGGAUCUGGCCCCGCCCACUACCACUAUCCCGUCUGUUCAGCCCUCUAUGCAGAUGGGAGCCAUGGACCUCCUGGGAGGCGGUCUGGAUAGUCUGAUGGGCGAUGAAUCGGAUACGCUUGGAGGAGAUUUUGGCGGAAGUCCUUCGAUGGGGGCAGGUCUGGGAGUUGCCCCAGCAGCCAUGCCUGCCACUCUGGGUGGUGCUCCUGCUGUCGGAGGUGGAUUAGGAGACAUCUUUGACCUCGGAGGAGGUGUCGGCAUGCCAAGUGGAUCCUACGUCUCUCCUAAAACUGUGUGGUUACCGGCAAUGAAGGCUAAAGGGCUGGAGAUUUCUGGGACGUUUGCCCGGCGCAGCGGGGUCAUCCAGAUGGAUUUGUCUCUUACCAACAAAGCCAUGAGCGUUAUGGUUGACUUUGCUAUACAGUUCAACAAGAACAGUUUUGGUCUAGCACCUGCUGGUCCUCUGCAGAUUCUCACUCCUCUGAGCCCUAAUCAGACUAUUGAUGUCAGCCUGCCUCUCAGUACAGUCGGCCCCAUCAUGAAAAUGGAACCUCUUAACAACCUACAGGUAGCUGUGAAGAAUAACAUAGACGUAUUCUACUUCAGUUGCCAGUAUCCCCUCAGCCUGCUUUUCGUAGAGGAUGGAAAGAUGGACCGUCAGGUGUUCCUGGCCACCUGGAAAGACAUUCCAAGUGAAAACGAGUCACAGUUCCAAAUUAAAGACAUCCACAUCAACUCAGACGCAGCCACCAACAAGCUGCAGGGCAUUAAUAUCUUCACCAUAGCCAAGAGAACCGUAGAGGGACAGGACAUGCUGUACCAGUCUGUCAAACUCACCAACGGCAUCUGGGUGCUGGCUGAACUGCGGAUGCAAACCGUCAACCCCAACUACACGCUGUCUGUAAAGUGCAGAGCGCCCGAGGUCUCUCAGUUUGUCUACCAGUGCUAUGAGUUGGUGCUGAGGAACUAAGAUGGACGGCACGCCGAGGAGGAUGCCAGCUGGUGGGCAUUGUUGGGUGACGGGAUGAAUGGCAUCCUUACUGAACCAGUCAGAGAAACCGGUGGUCUUUGACCGAAUCCCAUAGAUUCUUUCUUCGUCCAUUCCCUUCGCCCCUCUUUCCUUCCCAUUUCCUUCCUCCAGUUAUGAAAAUUAAGAAAAGAAAUCUGUCUCCUUAAAUAUAAGAUUAUCCAAAUUAUAAGAAUACCAUCUUUAUUCCAAGUGUGUACAGGUGUGUUUCUCAGCCAAUUCCAUUCGCCUGUAGUACUUUAUUCUUUCCGUAUGUAUUUUUAUAAAAAAAAUCAAGGAGGGCAAACAUCUUGUGCAGAAGAUCAAGCAGUGUACAGACAGUAGAUUUUAUUUUACCAUUCAUCCCAUGGCAGAAAGCUGCUCAACUGAACUGUUUUUAAUUUGAUCUUUAUUAUCAUAGCAUGGGUUUGUAGGUUUAUCGUGAAUAUGUGUAGUCACACUUUGGAUGGUCAUUUAUUUAUUUUCUUUUUUUGUGAAAACCUUAUCCCCUUGUCUUGGGAAUGUCUGUUUAGGGAAUGCUGUGUGUUUCUACAGAAGCACUACAUUUAAAAUAUCUCCGUAAUUGGUUUGUCAUUUUUUGCUGGGUUUAUAUAAUUUACUACUGUCAUUGUGUCUGCUGUGUAUUUGUGUGGAAUGUAACAUUUCUGCAUGUUCUGUUUCCAUUUCCGUCCUCCCUCGUUCCCUGUUUGAGAGCCAGUGUCCUAGCAGUGUGUGUCUGAUGUUUCCGGUAAACAGCUCGGAACGAGACGCAUAAUCCUCAAUCACUGCAAUAAAUUGUUGAUAUCUUAAUGUUUUGAGAAUUGCACAUGUCGUGCUGACAAGAUGCAUCAGAAGUCCCUUGCAUUCCCAUUCUUCACAUGCAGAGGUGUGAUUGAAACCUGAAUAUGUCCAUGUUAUAAUAGAUUUUCUUUUAAUCCGUGUUUUGCAGGUUAAAUUUAAACUGAAUUUAAAAUGAGCAGUUUUGGUUCUGAAUGAAAUCUCAACCUUUAUAUUAAAUGUAGAUCACAAACACUGCUGACCUGACACGUUACAUUGUAUGUGCGUGUGUACAUUUAGAGGUUUCAAAAUUGAAUUGCUUGUUUUUAUUUUUAAUCACAUUAGUUCUUUCAUUGAUUCUGUAUGAAUGUGUUUAUGUGUACUUUGUGGAUGUAGACAUAUAGGGAUGAUUAUAAGGAAAUGUCCAGCAAUGAAGAAAAAUACUUUACUUUCUGUUGUUUUCUGUCUUGAUUACAUCAUCUGAUAUUAAAAUGAGAUCAGUCUA